CACCCUGAUUGGUAUAAAAUGAUCAGCCGGCAGGGCAGUCAGGGAACGUCGGACAUUAAUCUGCAGUUGGCGCUGAACCCCUGAAGUGGACCAUGAUGGACAUCAGAACAGCAGCCUUCAUUCUCUGCUCUCUCCUGGGAAUAAGCAGGACUCACGGUGCAGCACUGAAAUGCGGCGGUGCGUUGGCUGAGCCAAAGGGUGAGUUCUUCAGCCCCAACUACCCUAAGCCCUACCCCAUCAACACCACCUGCACCUGGACCAUCAAGAGCACAGGGAACCGCAUCGUAGAGCUCACCUUCCCUUUCAUGCAACUGGAGUAUGUGAACUGGGAUGCAGACUGCAGGUUUGACUCUAUCAGUGUGUAUGACGGGCCCGUGUCAGAGCACCGCUUGCUUGGUAAGCUGUGUGGAAACGAGACGCGGCCCUUCAACUCGACCCGUAAUGAGCUGACCGUCGUCUUCACCAGCGACUCCACUUUCCCCAAGAAAGGAUUCCAUGCCAGCUACAGCUUUGUAGAUGUUCCAUUUCUGCCAGAAUAUCCACCACAAGUACUAGUGACGCCAUCACCAGAACUAAAAGAUGUGAAAUGUGGUGGUGAGUGGACCACGCCGGAAGGUGAAUUCACCAGCCCUAAUUACCCACGCCACUACCCCAACAAAGCACACUGCACCUGGACUAUCAAGAGCACAGGAAACCGCGUUGUGGAGCUGAAAUUUCCAGCUGUGGAGCUUGAGCCUGACUGGAUAAAGGACUGCAGGUUUGACUCCAUUAAAGUGUUUGACGGCCCUGCGUCUGACCAGCGGCUGAUCGGCCUUCUCUGUGGCACACAGACCGAGACCGGUCACUUCACCUCCACCAGGAAUGAGCUGACCGUGGUCUUCUCCAGUGACUCCAGCACCAGUCACCCUGGGUUCAAAGCGCAGUACAGCUUUGUGGAUGUUCCCAGUUUAGCAGAAUAUCCAUCUCCAGCUCCUACGGAGGACCCAAAAGAAACCUCAAAAUGUGGCAGCGUAAUGGUUGAGCCCAAAGGAGAGUUCUCCAGCCCCAACUACCCCGAGCCUUACCCCAACAAUGCCAAGUGCACCUGGAGCAUUCAGAGCACUGGAAACCACCUCAUAGAGCUCCUCUUCCCCUACUUCCUUGUGGAAUAUCGGGCUUGGGAUGCCGACUGCAGGUUUGACUCGGUCAGUGUGUACGAUGGGCCUCUGGCGGAUGAUAAGUUAAUACACAGGCUGUGUGGUAACUAUACCACAACACCGAUCUCCCUGAAAUCAACGAAAAAUGAGAUGACCGUAGUGUUCACCAGUGACUCCACUUUUCCUGACAAAGGCUUCCAUGCCCAGUACAGUUUUGUUGAUAAACCUUAAUCAUCUGCCCUAUAUGCAACGUUCAUUUGAAGUCAACACACAGAAGCUCAAACUACACCUUCGCCAUCUAACCCAAUUUGUCAACCACCACCACAUAUGAUUUCAGUCCGGAGGAUGCUUCACAAAGCCUGCAUUCAAAACUUAUCACACAACUUAAUCAUACAACUUCACAUUAAAUAAAUUAAGUCUUGUUGUUA